AUGCCCGAGAUGAAACGCCACACGGCAUUGACACCGCCGCUGUCGCUAUUGCAGGGCGAAGUGACUAAUGCUUUUCACCUUCUUGCAAUUCCUAAAGGACCCAUCGCUGUAUACCGCUUUGAAGCCGACGUUGUGGAAAAAGAUGCUAAUGGAAACGUUGUGCCUGUACCGACCUACGACGCCUAUCUACACCACCACGUUUUCGGAUCGACACAUAAGCAAUAUGAUGCAAUGAAGAGCCGCCACGCUCCAAUGAAACCCAAGAACUUUAGCCGCAGUGUGGCAUUUGGUGCUGGUACAGAAUGUCGAGGUACUCCACAGGAAUUUUACUUUCCCUAUGCAUUUAUGACUGUAGAGGGAGAGGAUGAAUGGAUUGCAAAUGUACACAUAAUCAACACUCGGAAGAUGGCACCACAACGUGCGCAUCGCUGUCUCGAGUGUCCUUGUACAUCGGAAGAUACGUUGACUGCUACUUCAGUAAACGGGAAGCAAUUCCAAUCUACGAGCUGCAAUGCGCAGCUGCUGUACGAAGAGAACACAGCGUGUUCAGCUGAAACAUAUAUUGGAGGACUGCACUGCUGUAAAAAUGCUGAGUUUUGCUUGGAACGUGGCGAUCUGGAGGUGACUACGGCUACGAAUGCCACUUACUACUUGCGUUACUCGUUGGAAUACGCGGAAAUUGUGCCAGAAAAUCGUCCGUUGUAUCUUGCGGCAUGUUGUGAUGCAACCGGAAGUCUAGAGCACAUGGGAAAUGUGGAGUAUGACGUGCCAAUAUGUGACCCGACUACGCACCCUGGAUGCGUUCACACAUUGUCGACUCGACAGCGACUCGACAAUGGCAGUAUCCCAUUGUUUACGUAUCGUGAACACGCGCCCGAGCCGGAGCGAGAGGUGGAGCUUGUGUAUGCAGUAGGCCAUCAACAUCGUGGUGGUCUCGGUAUCCAGCUGUAUGACGAUGCUUCUGGAGACUUGUUGUGUGCAUCUGUACCAGAAUACGGUUCAGGAAUUGAAGCUGGUAAUGAAGACGGUUACGUCAUCUCGAUGAGUACUUGUACUUUUGAUCCACCUCGACGCAUGCGGACAACCGACAUUGUUCGAAUUGUGGCACUGUAUAACAACACGCAGCCGCAUACUGGAGUUAUGAGCCUAAUGUACAUGGCACUGAGCGAUUUUCCUUUGGAGAAACUUGCUAUCGUCAAUACUUCGCAAACUGUGUCGGGAAACAAUAGCAGCUGGGGAUUGCUGUUGUUUGGCGUUCUUGCGGGAGUUGCUGCUUGCGCACUUGUGAUGACGGUCAUGACACGUUGGAAGCAUCGGUCUGGAUACACUCCGUUACAAGCACAAACCAAUUAG